CUGAUCACGUCGCAAAAAAUGCGAAAUACGCAAGAAAUGCGAGCAGAAGUCCAUCGUUUACCAGCGACGAAAGAAAAUGAGGAAGAACUGCAGCAGAAAAAGCAGUCCGCUUCUAUUGGUCUCGGCACGAGUCCUAAUGGAAACAAUAACGGGUUUAACGUUGAGAAUAUUCAUUCAACAUUCCAACCAUGGCCUUCCAUCGAGGAAGUUCGGGCAAGAAAGGAGCAGCUGCUCAAAAAGACGCCAUUACCUUUUUACAAAACCCAUGUGCAUCAUUCGGGACCUGGUGUUAGUCCUCAGCAACAACCUCAACCUGGCCCAAGUACAAGAUAUCCAAGCACAAUUCCAAAAGCAGCCAUACCUCCGCACAGGAAGUAUGAGCAAGAGCUGGUAGGCGCAGAAAACAAUUGCAAAAACACGAUUGCUGUAGUUUUCGGUACAUCCAAUUAG